GAAGCUACAAAAAAAACAGCUUUCAGAACCAGAUGGAGAAAGAGAAGCAGUCUCUGCUCAUCCACACGAUCUUCCUCCUUUUGCUUGUAGAUCCAAUCCUUUGUGAUUCAAAUGACAGACUAACUCCCGGUCAAUUCAUGCCUUCCAAUGGCACCUUGAUCUCAGACGGCGGCGCCUUCGUUCUGGGCUUCUUCUCCCCGAAGACGACCACCGGCAGCAGCGACCUCUAUCUUGGUAUCUGGUACAACCUCCCUCAGAGGACCGUCAUAUGGGUCGCCAACAGAGAUAAACCAAUCGGCGUCCCGUCCGCGACUCUCCGCUUCUCCAACGACGGCGACCUGCUCGUCGUCGAUUCCGAAGGAAGCACCUCCUGGUCGUCGAAUUCGUCAGGGAAUGGAACAGUGGCGCUGCUGCUGAACACAGGAAAUCUGGUGCUCAGAGACGACGACAACAAGGUCGUAUGGCAAAGCUUUGAUCAUCCGACAGACACCCUUAUGCCGGGCAUGAAUCUUCGGUUCAGGUUCGGAGAUCGCUCCAGCACUCUCUUCACCUCUUGGAAGGAUGCAGAUGACCCCUCUCCGGGGAACUUCACCUGCAGGAUCGAUGCAGACCCUUUUCUUCAGCUCAUAACACGGAGAGGUUCAGAGAUCUACAUCAGGAGCCAAGUGUGGGGAAGUAGUUUAUUCACCACCUCUCUCGGACUAGGCUCCAACUCUGUGCUAUACUUGACAACGACACCCACUGUAGACGGACUUCUACUCAAACUAGCUCUAUCAGAUUCAUCACCCUACACUAGGUACACACUGAACCAUGCUGGGCAGCUGCAACUCCUGAGUUGGAACUCCGAAUCGAAAUUUUGGCAAAUCAUUACGUCCACGCCAACCAGCUGCCAAGUCUAUGGAUUCUGUGGCCAAUUUGCAUAUUGCGAUGACAAUGAAACAGUGCCCGUUUGCAGGUGUUUGGAAGGAUUCGAGCCUAAGUUGAAGAGAGCCUGGGAAGGUGGCAAUUAUUCGGAUGGUUGUUCGAGAACGAGAGCUUUGGGAUGCGGAGAGGGGUAUGACUUCCUCCAAGUGACAAGGAUGAAGUUGCCAGACAAGUUCAUGUUUUUGAGGAGCAAGAACAUGAGUGAGUGUAGGUCUGAGUGCAUGGAAAAUUGUUCAUGUACUGCUUACGCUUAUAACAAUUUCGAUGUGGGGAACAGGACGAUCCAAAGGUGUUUGGUUUGGAUGGAAAACAUGAUCGAUGCAGAGGUAUACAGAAGCAGGGGACAAGACUUGUAUUUGAAGCUUAUGAAGUUGAAUUCAGGUACACCCGGUGGCAAGAGCAAUAAAAAGAAGAUAGUCAUUGUGGUAUCAGUUUUGGCAGCAAUUUUUUCCUUGGCUUGUGUCUUUGCUUCAUGGAAGUUCUAUGAGAAAACAACACUAAGUGAUUCGAGUUUGAGUCAUAUCUUUCAGAACCAUUUGUCUGAUUCUAAAGAAUUUAUAGAAGGGGAGACAAGUGAAGCUCCAGAACUGCCAUUGAUUAAGUUUGAAAGCCUGGUUCUCGCUACAGACAAUUUCUCUCAUUCAAAUAAGCUCGGACAAGGAGGCUUUGGUAUAGUUUACAAGGGCAUGCUUCCUGGAGGACAUGAGAUUGCAAUUAAAAGACUCAUGAAAGGAUCAGGACAAGGAUUAGUAGAGUUUAAAAAUGAGGUCGUUUUGAUUGCUAAGCUGCAGCAUAAGAACUUAGUCAGGCUACUUGGUUACUGCAUUCAUGGAGAAGAGCAAUUACUAGCUUAUGAAUACAUGCCCAACAAAAGCUUGGACCUCUUCCUGUUUGAUCCGACGCAAAAAACUAAGCUCGAUUGGGGGAAGAGAUUCAACAUAAUCAAAGGAAUCGCAAGAGCACUUAUGUAUCUUCACCAAGAUUCAAGGUUACGGAUUAUUCAUCGUGACCUUAAGGUCAGCAACAUUUUGCUCGAUAAGGACAUGAACCCCAAGAUAUCUGACUUUGGCAUGGCGAGGAUAUUUGGAGGAAACCAGAAUGAAGCGAACACAAAUAGAGUGGUUGGAACUUAUGGAUAUAUGUCGCCGGAGUAUGCAAUGCAAGGACACUUUUCAGUGAAAUCCGAUGUCUACAGCUUCGGAGUAUUGCUUCUGGAGAUUGUGAGUGGCAUGCGGAUUAGUAGCUUUCAUCUUGUCACGGACUUCCCCAAUCUCCUCGCUUAUGCAUGGCAACUAUGGAAUGAAGGCAACACAAGGGACUUCAUAGAUCCUUCCAUCGUGCACUCAUGUUGUCCAACUGAAGCAUUAAGGAGCAUCCAUGUGGGUCUCCUAUGCGUACAGGAUGACCAGAGUGAUCGAUCAGCCAUGUCGUCGGUUGUUUUCAUGCUGGAAAAUGAAUCCACAAUCUCUUCUAAACCAAAAGAGCCAACAUUUUCUACCAAAAGAAGCAUUAAUCUUGACAGAGAUGAUCCAUCAGCUGAAAACUUGGAGAUUUGCAGUAUGACCAUCACAACUUUAGAAGGCCGCUAGAGUGCAAACUCAUCGUCGUCCUCGAACUGUGUUCGUCGCAGAUAUUUGAAGUCGACUACUUGGAUUUUAACUUUGAUGUUCCUUUUCAAAUUCCAGUAGUAGAGACUGCACGUUUCUUUUGUUAUAUAAGUACAUUAACUGUACUUGCUUAUAUCUGAUUUCAAUUGUGAUUGGUAGAGAUCAAAUUUAAUGUGAUUUAGAAGCAAAGCUAAUUCGUCACAAUCUCUAU